CGAUUGUUUUCUUGUCCGAGUAUAAACGUAUUGUUGACAUACUUUUACAGGUGAAAAUGGUAAAAAUAAAAUAAUCACGUUAAAACUAGUUGUUUUGUUUCGAGUGCAUCAGAUUUGUAAAUGCAAUGGAUGAAUUCAUCCCGAUAAAGGUAGAAGAGCUCACAAUAUUCGACACUGUGACUACGGAAGAGGAAAUUCCAGUCGUUAGCAGCGAUCAGUGGACCGGUGAAACGACUGUAACGAACGUCCUGAGGGAAAAUUCAGCUGAUGUGAAACGAGAACCUGCCACGGAUAGUUCUGAUGAAGCUAAAACUAUAAUAACUUGUAACGAAAUUGCAGUCUCUAGUACCAGUAACGCGGACGGUUCGGAGCCAAACCAUACUGGUAACCUGAGCCUAAGCAAUGGUUCGAAAAAAUACGACUGUGACAUAUGCGGCAAACAGUUUAAACAGAAGCGAUCACUUCGCAUCCAUCUGGAGGUUCAUCAGAGCAGUACGGUGAGCUCUGAGAUUGGAAACCACAGCACAAAAAGGCACGAGUGUAAGAUUUGCGGAAAAGGAUUCUCCCACAUUUCCAAACUCAAACGGCAUUCAACUUGUCAUACUGAAGAAAAACCUUUUAGUUGUGAUAUUUGCGGUUUACCAUAUAAAACAGUUGAUAGUUUGAGAAAUCAUAAGAUACAACACACCUCACAGCGGCCGCAUAAAUGCGAAAUUUGCGGAAACAGAUUUUGGACUUAUCAAAAGCUCAUGCGGCAUUCAACUUGUCAUACAGCAGAAAGACCUUUUAGCUGUGAUAUUUGCGGUUUAACGUAUAAGUCAGUUAUUUGUUUGAGAAAUCAUAGGAUAACCCACGCCUCAGAGCGGCCACAUAAAUGCGAAAUUUGUGAGAAAGGAUUUUGGACUUCUCAAAAGCUAACGACACAUAUGACUUGUCAUACUGAAGAAAAACCUUUUAGUUGUGAUGUUUGCGGUUCAUCAUUUAAGGCAGCUAAAAGUUUAAAAGAACAUAAGAUAAAGCACACCUCGGAGAGGCCACAUAAGUGCGAAAUUUGCGACAAAAACUUUCUAUUACGCUCAAUGUUAACAAGGCACAUGCUUUGCCACAAGAAAGAACGGCCUUUCAAAUGCAAUUUUUGCGGUUUAUCAUAUAAAUCAGGUUGUUAUCUUAAAAAACAUAAGGCAAGGCACAAAUCGGUGCACGCCUAUAAAUGUUCGAUUUGUGAGAAAAGAUUCGCUUAUCCUCGGUUGCUCGUAAUACACAUGUCACGUCAUAAACAAUUGUUGGAAUGCGAUAUCUGCAAAGCAGGUUUUAAAACAAAUUAUCGUCUGAAAAUUCACAAGCAGAAGCAACAUUCAGAGCGUCCGUACGAGUGCCCGCUCUGCGAUGAACGGUUUGCACACGAGUCAAGUAUGUUGGAACAUAAAGCUAGUCACUCGAAAGAACGGUACACCAGUGAAACGACGGCAACGGACGUCCCGAGGGGAAGUUCAUCUGAUGUGAAACAAGAACCUGUAAAGGAUAGUUCUGUUGAUAAAGUUGGAACUGCAACAGCUUGUGAUGAAAUUACAGCCUCUAGUUUCAGAAAGGCGGACGGUUUGGAGCCGAAUCAAACUGAUAACAACCAAAGCAGUGGUUCAGAGAGAUACAUCUGUGACAUAUGUGGCAAACAAUUCAAAAUAAAGAGGUCACUUCGCUUCCAUCUGCGUGCUCAUCGCAGCACUACUUUAAAUUAUAACACUUAUAACCACAUCAUGAAGCGGCACGAGUGUAAAAUUUGUGGAAAGAGAUUUGCCCAUCCUUGUAGGCUCAUACGGCAUAUGACUUGUCAUACUGAAGAAAGACCUUUUAGUUGUGAUAUAUGCGGUUUAUCAUAUAGGUCACUUGAGAGCUUGAGAUAUCAUAAGAUAAAGCAUACCUCGGAGCGGCCGCAUAAGUGCGAAAUUUGCGGCGAAAGCUUUCUAUUUCGCUACAUUUUAACAAGACACAUGCUUUGCCACACGGAUGAACGGCCUUUCAAAUGCACUGUUUGCGGUUCAUUAUUUAAGUCUGAUUGUUAUCUCAGAGAACAUAAGGCGAAGCACAACUCGGGGAUCCGGUAUAAAUGCGGAGUGUGUGGCAAAAACUAUAUUUCACGUAAAAUACUAAAGAGGCACAUGUUUCGUUCUCAUGAAGAAACGCACAACAGAGAGCACGCCCAUGGAGAAAUGCUCGUAAAAUCGUUGAAAUGCGACAUCUGCAAUGUAAGUUUUAAAACAAAUAAUAUGCUGAAUAUCCACAAGCAGAGCCAACAUUCGGAGCGUCCGUACGAGUGUCCGAUCUGCGAUAAACGGUUUGCACACAAGCGCAAUCUUUCCGAACAUGAGGCUAGACACUCGGAAGAACGACCUUACAGAUGCGAUAUUUGCGAAUCAACAUUCAAGACGAACAAAGCGUUGGCAGAGCACAAAAAAACGAAAACACACCUCAAACAAAAAAAGGAAAAGUCCGACUGACAAGAAGUAUUCGGAAAAUUUUGAUGAAAUAAUAAAAUACUCCGAUAUUUUAUCUUAGUUAGAUGCUCCGUCACUAUUUUCAUUUUAUAGAAGCAACCGAAUAAACUUUCAAUCGCCCACUUUCACUGUUACGAUAAUUUGCUCGACUCGACAGUGACUUCAAUCUUGUGUAGUUUCUCGACAAGUCUUAUAUAGAAAAGGCCUAAAUUCACGUGACUACCAUUCAAAAACAAUCCUCAAUAUGGUAAUAAUUUUAACAAUAAAUCAAGAUAGAGAUGGAUAAAGAAGCAUCCAAUUUACCUGUUCAUC